AUGGCGGCGGGCUUGCGGCGACUGGCGUUCGAGGAGGGGGGCGGGAUGCGAUGUGCCGUGCUGGGCCUCGGCGGCGUGCCCGGGACGCCCGCCCGUGCUGCGCCACGGCUGAGGCUUGCGAGAGCGGCGGACGCGCCGUGCUGCGAGAUCAGCGCCCCGCGUUUGUGGCGCCUGCGGCGGUCCAGGCUGGCAAUGUCGCGCGGACCCCUCCGGAUGUCGGCAUCAUUGGUUGGUUGGAAUCGGGGCCAGAAACUCGCGCUGCCACCGUUUGGGCGAUUGUGGGGUUUGCAGGGAGGCAAUGGCGGGGUCAAGCUGCGGGCUGUGCUCCCCAUCGGGUGA